GUAGGUUAGGGGUGCAAGAUAGCAUUAUUGCAUGCUUGUGUACUCCUUUCCCUUCACACAUCGUCCCCUCAUAAACUUAGUGGUCUCCGAUUUUCCAGUCGUUUGACUAUAAUCUUUGCUUCAGCCUGUAGCUCGGCCAAAACGGCUGCGGGCAGGGCGGCUGAGCACAGAGCCGCUGCACGAUUCGCACGUCUGAGACAUAACUGCUGAGAGCGCUGUCGUGUCUCGACAGUGUCCAAGAUAGCGUGCGCCUGGCAUUCGCUCUUGUGCAAUUGCUGGCGAGGAACUCGGUCCAUUUUACACGGUUACACAACCGCCCAGCCAACCUCGUCUUCCCCACAACGACUCGGCCAUCACUUGAAUCAGCCGGCUCGUACAGUCGAUCUCGCUGCGUGUUUCCGCAUAGCGCGUAUCUCGUCUUUUUGCGGCCUCUGCUGGCGUCCCCUGGCUUCUAUACCCCGACGACCGCAAUCACUACCGCUUUAUUGACGACUACGACGCCAUGGACGAUAUCAACAUGGACGCGGUUCAGUAUACGGAAGAUGACGGCAGUCUCCCUCCUGCGUCGGUUCCAUUCACCUCCUCGCCUGCACUUCCGAAACGAAGACCACAACCGCAAAGAAUACACACGCCGAGCAGUCCAAUGACGGCCAGUAUACCGCACAAUAUGCUACCGUCAGCCCCAGCAUCACCCCCAACUCCAGCUCCCAGUCCCACCCCGGGACAGCGUAUCCCUGACUGGAGCGCUGCUGGCGAAGAUGAAGAUGCGAAUGUUCGUGAGAUCAGAUUACGGUUUGCCGGCAUGAAUGAUGGCGAGCAGCAGAGGUUACUUGCGGAAUUAUUGAAUCUUUGCAAUAGCCAGCAGCUGGCGUUUGUACAGGAGUUUGUCAGCCCACGAUUGAAAAAGGAUCCUUUCACCACAUUCCCUGACGAACUGUGUCUCCGGAUCCUAACUUUCAUCGACGAUCCUCAAACACUCGCACGAUCAUCUCAGGUAUCCAAACGAUGGCGGGAGUUAGUUAGUGACGAUAUGGCCUGGAAAGCGUUAUGCGAGAAACACGCAUACAGAAGAUUGUCCGAUGAGCCUCCGAAGACAUCAACUCCUCUACCUAAUCCCGCAGUUCAAACUCCUGGUGCCAGCCCCCAUAACAACCCACUCUCUUUUCCAGGAUAUAGAUUUAAUGGUGUUUCAUCCAUACCAAGUGCUUCCACAAGCGCUCCGGACCUGCGAUCGCAAAGUCUUGACCGUUCAAGGAAUUCUCGACAAUUGAGGCGAAGACCUAAGGCGAUGAGCUAUCGAUCACAUUUCAAGCAAAGAUAUAUGGUCGAGACUGCUUGGAGACAUGGUGGAAAGGUUGACUAUAGGCAAAUCACCCCGGACCAAGGUGUUGUCACCAGCCUGCAUCUCACAGACAAGUAUAUCGUUGUCGCAUUGGAUAAUGCGAAGAUUCAUAUUUUUGAUACAGAAGGCUGCCACCAGAAAACAUUGACAGGACAUGUAAUGGGUGUCUGGGCUAUGGUUCCUUGGGACGAUGUGCUCGUAAGUGGCGGUUGCGAUCGUGAUGUUAGGGUGUGGAAUAUGGCGACAGGCCAACCUGUGCAUACAUUACGCGGUCAUACUUCAACAGUUAGAUGCCUAAAAAUGUCGGACGCCAACACAGCAAUCUCUGGAUCAAGGGACACAACCCUGAGAAUAUGGGACAUUACAAGAGGAGUCUGCAAACAUGUCCUUGUGGGUCAUCAGGCCAGUGUCCGGUGUUUAGAUAUCCAUGGUGACUUGGUUGUCUCUGGUAGCUAUGACACAAUGGCUAGAAUAUGGAGUAUAUCCGAGGGCAAAUGCCUUAGGACACUUUCUGGACAUUUCAGCCAGAUAUAUGCCGUUGCCUUUGAUGGGAAGAAAAUCGCUACAGGUAGCCUGGAUACAAGUGUACGGAUUUGGGAUCCUAAUGACGGCCGCUGCUUAGCGGUCCUCCAAGGCCACACCUCGCUUGUAGGCCAGCUGCAAAUGAGAAACGAUAUUCUUGUCACCGGUGGUUCAGAUGGAUCGGUCCGUGUUUGGUCGCUAUCGGAAUUCCAGGCCAUUCACCGUUUGGCCGCUCACGAUAACAGCGUUACUAGCUUACAGUUUGAUGACACAAGAAUAGUAUCGGGGGGGAGUGACGGUCGGGUCAAGGUCUGGGAUCUGAAGAAAGGAACGUUGGUACGGGAAUUGAGCCAGCCAGCCGAUGCCGUAUGGAGGGUAGUUUUUGAGGAAGAGAAGGCUGUUUUACUAGCAAACCGAAACCAGAAAACUGUCAUGGAGGUGUGGUCCUUUGCACCUCCGGAAGACGAAGUCUUCGACGAUUUUCGUUCGUCGAGUCCAAUAAGUAUGCCUGACCAUGCGGCCGAUUAUCUUGGCCAAGAUUCGCCGCGACACAGCAGGAGACCAGCCAGUGAAGACAUUAGCAUGAUCGAUGCAUUCGCUGAAGCAAGCAACAGUAAUGGAGACUUCAAGGGCAAGAGGAGGAAGUAAUCGAACAUGGAGAUAAAAAGUCUCAUCCCUGCACGAUCUAUAAAGGACAUUUAGGGACUCACAAGGGUGGUCGUUUCGUUGCAUACUGCUGUUUUUAUCUACUCUCUUAUGGGCAUGAAAGAACCGCGUUUAUGAACAUAUUUAAUGCAUUUGAGUUGAGAACGGCAUUUGCAGGAGUUUCGCUGUCAGGCAUAUCUUGGUCUCUUGAAGGAGACUUGGUAAAAGACACGAUAUUAUAUGUCGGUACUUUGGCGCUCAAGCCUUUGAUCUCGACUUCCUAUUGAGAUACACACAAGGAAUCAAAUAUAGUGAAAGCUCAAUUUCUCGGUCAAUUAUAUCAAGUAACUAAAGGGGAGAGGGUGUGGGUGUAAGCAUGGUACAGUUUGUCUUUGGAUCCCCAUCGAAAUGUCCAAACAAAGCUCUGCAUUCGAAGCGAGGCGCUGAAAGUCUGCAGCUACUCGUUAGGAAGAGGUUUGCAGAUUGUGACGCCUCUUGGAAGUUGUUUUUUGAAUCAUGUUUAUCAAAAAUAUCAUCAUAAAUGUUGGGUGACUUGGUUUGUCCAAUAUUUCGUAGACCGGAGAUAACGGAAAAUAUGAGCUGAAGAAUCUAUCAUGGGCACCGAGAAGAAAAUCUUGUAUAUAUACCUCACGGUCUAUCGAAUCCUGACGCACCACUGAAGUCUACCG